CACGCAGUUGCAGUGCUACUCAUUACUCAACUUGCAAAUGCAGGGCGGGAGGAGCAUGAGCGCAGUGGAGGCCGCCAAGGAGGCGGCAACGAACGUGGGUGCCUCGGCCUGGGCCAGCAAGGAGAAGACCAAGGCCGUCGUGCAGGAGAAGGCGGCCAAGGCGAGGGCGCACGACCCUGCCGAGAAGGCGGUGGCGGAAGCCAGGAUGCAGGAGCGUGUCCACGAGGUGGAGGCCAUCAAGCAGGACGCCAUGCGCAAGAACGCCACCGCCAAGGAGCGCGCCACCGCGGCAGAGCACCACCCGACGCCACUCGACGUAGGGGCCGCCUCAGCGACGGCGCCUGCUGCCGGUGCAGGUGUGCCGGUUGCUACGACCGAGACGGGCGUAGCAGCGAAACCGCCCGGAGGCACGUGACGCUGCCUUCCACGGAAUCGACGGUGUCCCACCGCCAACCGGCACGCCCGAUGGCCACUACAUAUGAAGCGAACAAAGAAUAUCGCAAAGUUCUUGUUUGGCUGUGGAGCUUGUCAAAUAUCAGGCUACGUUAUUUUACAUAUAUGUAACCUUUGUGUGUGUACUAGCUGGUGUCCGUACUUUACAAGAUAACUUAUAUAUAAAUAUAUUUUAUACUGAAAAGGUUUUCUAAUUUAUUUGUGAU